AUGUCUUUGCUUGUCGUUCUGAUAGUAAAGAGUAGAGAAUCUUAUAAGAUUAUUCCAAAAACAGCAUCAGCAUUCCAAUUUCAUUUAUGUUUAAUCAAUUGUGAAUUGACCAAUAUGGAUGCUAAUUCUUCACAUGCUUCUGUGAAUCCGCCCACCACCACCACUCCUACUACUAAUACGAGAUCAGAUGCCAAUACAACUAGUGUAAGUGCAAAUAAAGAUAUGGCAUGGGAAUGGGGAGUUCAAAAGGAUCCAUUAAAAAAACAAAAUAUUUGGUGCACCUUGUGUGACAAGAGAAAAAAGAUAAGAAAAAAGGAAAGACAAAGAACAAUAGAAAUACUUAGAUCAACAAGUUGUAUAGACCUUUCUGAAAAUGAUGAUGAGCAAGACGAUACCCCACAGCCACAAGUUAAAAAAAGAAAGUUUGUAAGUUCUAGAAAUGUACGGGGUCCUAUUGAUGAUGUUUAUAAGCCGGACCAUGGAAAAGGAAACCAAACUACAUUGGAUAAGAAUAAUCCAAUUAAAGAGAAGUUGAAGAAGUUAGCUUGGAAAAAGAUUGCGGUUUGGGCUUAUUCGGUAGGCUUACCUUUCAAUGUCGUACGUGAUGAAGGUUUCCAAGAUGCGAUCAAUGCCAUUGGAGAAUAUGGAAGAGGCAUGCCGGCUCCAAGUUAUCAUAAUAUGCGGGUGACAUUGUUAAAGGACGUGUUAGAAGAUACCCGCAAGUUUGUGGAUUCGUUUCGACCACAAUGGAAGAAAUUUGGAUGUAGCAUUAUGUCUGGUUUUUGGACAGAUGGCAAGCAUAGAUCUUUGAUCAAUUUUUUAGUCAAUUGUCCUACUGGUACAGUUUUUCUAAAGUCGAUUGAUGCAUCAAAGCAUAUACAUAAUGUUGAAUAUAUUGUGAAGAAGGUAAAUGAGGUGAUAGCAGAAGUUGGAGAGGAAAACGUUGUACAGUUUAUUACAGACAAUGGUUCAAACUACAAAGCUGCAGGAAAGAUUUUGGAAGAACAACAUCCAAAAUUAUUUUGGACUCCAUGUGCAGCACACUGUGUGAAUCUCAUUGUACAAGAUAUUGGGAAGAAAGAAGAAACAAUCGCGACCGCUUUGAAUGAAGCAAGAGCUAUUGUGGUUUAUAUUUAUAGCCAUGGACGGAUUCUCAAUAUGAUGAGAAAGUUGACAAAGAAUAGAGAGUUGCACAGGUCUUGUGUAACUAGAUUUGCUACCCAAUUUUACACCUUACAGAGUGUCCAUGAGAAUCGACACCAUCUCCGAGUUUUGUUUGUAUCUGAGCAAUGGAGAAAAACUGACUUUGCAAAGAAAGCUCCUGGAAAGAGAGUUGAGAAGAUAGUAUCAAAGCAAUCUUUUUGGGAUGGCGUAUAUUUAGCUUGCCAAAUAUAUGCUCCAUUGGUGGAUAUUGUUCGUUUGGUUGACACAGAAGAAAGACCGUGCAUGGGGUACAUCUAUGAUGCGAUGAGUCGAGCACAAGAUCAAAUAAGCAAAAAUCUAAAUGAUGGGAAUAAUGACAAAAAAAGACUGGCUGGUAGAAUUUUGUCUAUCAUUCAAACAAGAUGUAAUGACCAACUUCUUCAUCCCUUACAUGCAGCUGGGUGUUUCCUUAAUCCUGCAAUUUUUCAUGGAGAUAAGUCAAAGGAAUAUGAGGCCAAUAAACAGAUUAUGACCGGACUUUAUGUUGCUAUUGACCGUCUUGUUCCCGAUGAAGAUGAAAAUGACACUUUGAGACAAGAAUUGAAUCUCUACAUUGAUUUAAGUGGACAAUUUGGAUCCCCAGCUGCUAAAAGGAGUAUGACAAAAGUUGCACCGUAUAUAUGGUGGCGUUCUUAUGGGAUAGACACACCUAUCUUACGAAAGUUUGCUAUCACAGUUCUUAGUCAAACUUGUAGUGCUUCACCUUGUGAACGAAACUGGAGUACAUUUGACAAUCUACAUUCUAAGAAAAGAAAUUGUCUUUUGCAACAAAAACUAAAUGAACUUGUAUUCAUCCAAUACAACAUAAGGUUGCAAAAGCGCUUCAUGUCUUUACAAAACAAAUCUUUGGAUCCUAUUUUGCUACGAGAUGUUGAGGAGAAUGAUGAUUGGACAAUACCAAUGGAAGAUGAGCUUCAAGACUUUGUGGAUGGUGGUGAUGACCUUCUUUGGUCAGAUGUGCAAGAAGCAAUGGGAGCGACUGUAGACGCUCCACCAAAUAUUAGGAGCAAACGAGAGAGUUAUAGAGACGAUGAUGGUGAUGAUAUUAAUGAUGUGGGGAACGAUCUUGAUGAAGAAGUGAAUGCUUUGGAUGACGUUGACUCGGAAGCCGAACCCAUGCCAUGCGAUUAA